AUGCCUCACCAGUACGGCGCGGGCGCGGGCGGCAUGGGCGGGGGUCCACCGUCGCCGCCGCCGCAGCACGGCGCGCUGUACCCGCGCUACGCCGCCGCCGCGGGCCCCGGCGCCGGCGCCUACCGCCCCGAGGAGCGCCGCCUCACUCGCGAGGCCAUGGAGCGAUAUCUGCGGGACCGCUCGGACAUGGUUGUUGUUAUACUACACGCUAAGGUCGCUCAGAAAUCCUACGGUAACGAAAAGCGGUUCUUCUGCCCUCCACCAUGUAUAUAUUUAUUCGGUGAUGGCUGGCGGCUGCGGCGGGAGCGCAUGUUGCGUGAAGGUGAGACUGAACAGGCGUCACAGCUGUGCGCCUUCAUCGGCAUCGGGAACUCCGACCAGGACAUGCAGCAGCUAGAUUUAAAUAACGGCAAACAGUACUGUGCCGCUAAGACCUUGUACAUAUCCGAUUCAGAUAAACGGAAACAUUUCAUGCUCUCCGUGAAGAUGUUCUAUGGCAAUGGUCAUGACAUCGGUAUAUUUAAUAGUAAAAGAAUCAAAGUUAUAUCCAAACCAUCGAAAAAGAAACAGUCUUUAAAGAACGCUGAUCUGUGUAUCGCCAGUGGAACUAAGGUAGCUCUUUUUAAUAGACUGAGAUCACAGACUGUGUCAACCAGAUAUCUUCAUGUUGAGAAUGGGAACUUCCAUGCAUCGUCAACUCAAUGGGGUGCAUUUACGAUUCACUUACUGGAUGACAAUGAGAGUGAGUCAGAGGAAUUUGCAGUCAGAGAUGGCUAUGUACACUACGGGUCAACGGUUAAACUUGUCUGUUCUGUUACCGGAAUGGCCUUACCCAGACUGAUAAUAAGAAAGGUGGACAAACAGAUGGCUUUACUUGAAGCUGACGAUCCUGUAUCUCAACUUCAUAAAUGUGCAUUCUAUAUGAAGGACACAGAGAGGAUGUAUUUGUGUUUGUCACAAGAGAGGAUAAUACAAUUUCAAGCGACCCCAUGCCCAAAAGAGCCCAAUAAAGAAAUGAUUAAUGAUGGAGCUUGCUGGACCAUCAUCUCCACUGAUAAGGCUGAAUAUCAGUUCUAUGAAGGAAUGGGACCUGUCAGAUCUCCAGUGACCCCAGUGCCGUUGGUCCACUCGUUAAACCUCAACGGUGGAGGAGACGUGGCUAUGUUGGAGCUGGCCGGAGACAACUUCACUCCGUCCCUCCAAGUGUGGUUCGGUGACGUUGAGGCGGAGACCAUGUACCGCUGCGCUGAGUCCAUGUUGUGUGUUGUACCUGAUAUAUCACAGUUCAGGGGACAAUGGCUGUGGGUACGGCAGCCCACACAGGUGCCAGUAUCGCUGGUUCGUAACGACGGCAUCAUCUACGCUACGGGCCUCACGUUCACAUACACGCCGGAGCCCGGCCCGCGGCCGACCUGCCCGCCCGUCGACGGAGUCAUGAGGCCUGAAAACUCCUGGCACGACGCACACCGGCUGCCUGACGCGCUGCAGUAG